CUCACUUGUCCUUUCCGGGCUAUCCGUGACCCGCUUGGCAUACAUGUAAUCACACGUAUUUGUAUACUGUAUUCACAUGUGCGCCGUAUUUACGGGGCCCGCUUAAAGUCAGUUGCUUGAUGCUUGGGUUUCCGUUGGAAACCUCGGUCUGGUUACGAAACGACCGAUCUCUCUCUAUCCGUCACGAAAUCUGUAUAUUCUCAUGUUCUCAAAUCGUUUUUUUUUUUCUUCGAAAUAUUUCAGCCCUAAUUUUCUCGGUUUAGUGAUUAUUCAAUUUGAGAUUUUCCGUGAUGUGAUUCGGAAUCGGCAAUGGUUACUCGAAAUGUGGAUUCUUCUCAUCAUCAGGAAGAUGGCGGGAUGACAUCAAACGCUCAUGUGUUGAUCGAUAAGCUGCGUUCUCAUGCCGGCAACACAGUAUUCAAGAGUGGGCCACUGGCCAUAUCAUCCAAAGGAAUAGGAUGGACAUCAUGGAAGAAACGCUGGUUUAUUCUCACACGGACGUCAUUGGUCUUCUUUAGAAGUGAUCCAAGUGGUCUCCCUCAAAAAGGAAGUGAAGUGAAUCUUACCCUUGGUGGAAUUGACCUCAAUAACUCAGGAAGUGUGGUCGUUAGAGCAGAUAAAAAGCUCUUGACAGUGCUCUUUCCUGAUGGACGUGAUGGGCGAGCUUUCACACUCAAGGCUGAAACUUCAGAGGAAAUGUACGAAUGGAAAACUGCACUUGAAAAUGCUUUGGCUCAAGCACCAAGUGCAGCCCUUGCGAUGGGACAGAAUGGAAUAUUCCGAAAUGAUGCGGCUGAUGCAAUUGAAGGGUCUUUUGAACAAUGGAGGGAUAGACGGACUGUGAAGUCCUUGGUCAUCGGCAGGCCAAUUUUACUUGCUUUAGAAGAUAUUGAUGGUGGUCCCUCUUUCUUGGAGAAAGCCCUUAGGUUUAUCGAGCAGCAUGGAGUCAGAGUUGAAGGGAUCUUGCGGCAAGCUGCUGAUGUUGAUGAUGUUGAGCGCCGGGUCCAAGAGUAUGAGCAAGGGAAAGAUGAGUUCUUUCCAGAUGAAGAUGCACAUGUUGUUGCUGAUUGUGUUAAGCAUGCCCUUCGGGAGUUGCCAUCCUCUCCAGUUCCGGCAUCAUGUUGCACCUCAUUAUUGGAGGCAUUCAGAAGCAAUCGUGGAUCUAGAGUUAAUGCUAUACGUGCUGCAAUAUCUCAUACAUUCCCUGAUCCUAAUCGCCGUUUACUGCAGAGGAUUCUUGAGAUGAUGCAGGCUGUGGUUUCUCACGAAUCUGAGAAUCGGAUGUCUACAUCGGCUGUAGCAGCUUGCAUGGCUCCCUUACUUCUCCGCCCACUUCUUGCUGGUGACUGUGAGAUUCCGAAUGAGUUUGAUAUUGGCGGUGAUGGUUCCUUUCAAUUUCUCCAAGCUGCCGCUGCAGCUAACCAUGCUCAAGCCAUUGUUAUAAUUCUAUUAGAAGAGUUCAAAAGCAUAUUUUUAGCUGAGGGCUCCUUUUCUCCCAAGCUAUAUUCUGAGUCAGAAGGUACUUUCAGUGAGGAGUCAACAGAUGAUGAGAUCUUGGAAGAUGAUGGAUACCAUGACGCCCAAAAUGACCUUGAUCCAGGGACAGAUGAUGAUCAUAAAGGCGCAUUAAAUGGGACUCUCAGUGAAUGCAGUGGCAAUGGAGGCAUCAAUCUAUGUCAAGAUAAGUUUUCUGGAGGUCUUGAUUCAGAUACUGAGUCCCCUAAAUUCAAUGAGGAUCCCUCAGCCAAUGAGAAAUCACUAGAGGAAAUUCAUACUCCAUUGCCUCAGCAUGAUAAUGUAAGGAGUUGUUGCAAUUUGCGGUGUCAAAGUGAAAAGUUUUCUGCUAUACCAACUACUGAGUCUUGUGAGUCUUUAAGCGAUGUCCCUGUUUCAACGAGUCCAAGGGUUAGACAAACUGAAUCCACAAAUAAAUCAAUCAGUCUUAGUCCAUCAUCUCACAUUACAAAAUCAACAAAUAAAUCAAAUGAAUCCAGACCCGGCAUCAGGCGUCAGACUAUUUGGGCUCAUACCUCUGCAAGGACGAACCUUCCUAUGGAAUCCAUUGACGACCCUGCUGAAGAUGAGAUUGCAAUUCAGAGGCUUGAGAUCACUAAAGUUGACCUGCAAAAUAAAAUUGCAAAAGAGGUAAAAGGGAAUGCAAUUCUUCAAGCAAGUUUGGAAAGGCGAAGGCAAGCUCUACACGAGCGUCGUUCAGCUCUCGAGCAAGAUGUGGUAAGACUACAGGAGCAAUUGCAGAAAGACAGGGAUCUGAGAGGAACUUUGGAGGCUGGGGUUAACAUGCCCCUAGGGCAGUUAUCUAUUUCAUCCACUAUGGAUGGCAAGACAAGGGCAUGUAUGGAGGAAAUCGCCUUUACUGAAGCAGAUGUCAUGAAUUUGAAGCAGAAGGUUGCUGAUCUCCAUCUGCAACUUAAUCAACAGCAUCAACAUAACUAUGGUUCAGUAUGUGAAUCAUGUGGUCAGCGCCAGCAAACUUCUGAUAAUCAACCAACACCGAAGGCUCAACAGAACAAUGUUGAAAUUACAGCUCCUGAACAUAGCCGUGAAAGGUUGGCUAGAAGUGAGGAUGCAUUGCAUGGAGCAAGGUGUGAGAAAGUUGCAAUACAAGAACCACCAUCUUUACCAAACAAGCAACCUCCGCAGAAGCAGCAUACCGAUUCAGCAGGUCAAAACAUUACCAAAUUGUUGGUGGCGACUGCUAGUUCGUCUACAGAGGAGCCAUUGGUAGUUGGGGCUCAAGCUUCUUCUAAGAAAGCGAACGGGAAGGUACUAAACAAAAAACCUCCACAGAAGCAGCAACCCGAUUCGACAAGUCAAAACACUACCAAAUCCUUUGGGGCAACAACUGCUAGUUUUCCCACGGAGGAGCCGUUGAAAGCUGUGCCUCAAGCUUCAUCUAAGAAAGCUAAUGGGAAGGUUGAGGGAAUGGUUUCUACACAAUCUGCAUUGACCAAGCUGACAAACCGACUCAACUUCUUGAAGGAACGGCGCUCCCAUCUUGUAACUGAGCUUCAGAUUCUGGGAACGAGUAGGGUUCCUGAGGGUCCACUACUCAGUCCUACAACAAGGAUCAACUCCAGAUGAUACAGGGUGUGAUGUGUGAGACCCUAAGGCUAAUGUUCUCUUUGUAUAGUCAAAAUAAUGCUUUGUCUAGUUAUUCCAUUUUCUGUCAGUCUUCAAUUACUAGUCUUCUUCCA